AUGAGACUGCCGUCUCUAUCUGAAAAUACAUUAAUUUUUUUCAAUUUGGUGAAUCUUAUUGCAAAUUUACCAAGAAGUGAAGGGACACUUGCUAAUUUGGCCUUUGGGAAACGUGUUCUAUGUGUUAAUCACCCAGAGCACGUCUGUUCGAAUGCAGUCGAUGGAGAUUUAAAUAACAUUGCUGCUACUGAACGUGAGUCCAACUGGAUGGUCUUUGAUUUGGGAGGAUUGUACAGAGUGGAACAUAUUGUUCUUUAUAAUAUUGCCCAAGGUAUUCCUUUGGGAGACGCUCUGGUGAUGAGCAGAUUCUUAGUUGGAUUGUUGUUGGAUUAUGUUGUUGGAACUUCACCAACCAUCAACACCAAAUGUGGAAGAUAUCCACGUUACACUCUUCCUGGUGAGGUUUGCAGACUCAACUGCUCGCUGCCAUUUCAAAAAUCCAGAUUUGUUGUGUUGUUCGCUGAUUUUUUAGAUCGAACUGUUUAUGUGGCAGAAUUUCAAAUAUUUGGAGACAAAACAAUCAGUUAUUCUGAUCGAUUCAUCGGUUGUUAUAAGAACUUCCCGAGCGGAGAUAGUCGCGGCAGUGUUCUUCUUCUUCACCAAUGUUUAGAUCACUGCGGUGGUUAUAACUUCUUAUAUGCUGGAUUAGUCGUAAGUUCACGAACGACUGGUAAGCUAGGCGAACUCGUCUCUUCCAGUCUCUGUGGUGUCCCAUGUUCAAGUGAUGACCAUUUCUGCGGCUCUACUGGCUAUUUUGCCGUCUAUACUGACUGUUCAGUUAAGAACGGAAUGUGUGGAGUACAUACGUGCAUGGCAAAUCUCAUUGGGCCGACGUACAUAUCUGAAUGCCUCUGCAGUGUUGGUUACGGUAAAAACUACUACAAUGAUGAUUGCAGAGAUAUCGACGAAUGUUCACUGAAUGCCAACUUAUGUCCAGCCAACAUUUCGACUUGUGUGAAUACAGCUGGCUCUUAUAAUUGCAUCUGCUCAGAUGGCUAUGAAAAAAGCGGUCAGCUAAACUGCACAAGCAAAGAAUUAAAAAAAGAACCUCUGGCUGUAGUUAGCACGCAAAUAGAUGCAGCUGCAAUAAUUGGAAGUGUGGUCGGAACGUCUGUGGCUCUUCUGCUCGUCGCUGUAAUCGCUGCUGCGAUUUAUUUUUACCAGAUUAAAAAAACUAAGCGACGAACGAUAAACUCGACUACUGACGAAGUAAAGCCAGGAAAAUUUAUUUCCAAAUUUACGACAAAAUCUACUCGUCAAAAGUCUGAUGGCGGCUCUAGCAAGGUUCACAUUGAAAAGUUGGAAAAUUAUUACAAAACUCUAACUCCUCAAGGCGUGCGCGACCAAUUCAAAAACAUUCCCCUUAGAAAUAACUCAAACUGCUCUUAUGCCGAAAAACCAGAGCUCAGAAGUAAGAACAGAGACAAAGACGCGCUGCCAUUUGAUCACAACAGAGUCAUCUUGAAGGUUAUAAACGAGCAAGUUUUCUCUGACUAUAUCAAUGCCUGCAUUGUACCGAGUUACCGGCCUAAGAAAUAUACAUUUAUCACCGCUCAAAGUCCCUAUCGAAAGACAGCCCAUGACUUCUGGCGUAUGGUCAGCGAGAAAGAUGCCUGCCUCGUCGUCGAGUUAAACUUUCCGAAAGAAAUACACCAAAAAUCUUCCAAAAAUCACCUGCCCGAAGCAAUUGGCGACGGACUGCAAUUUAAAAAGAACAUCUCCGUGAAAUGCGUUAGCGUCGAGAAAUGGCUGAAUUAUGAAAUCAGGAAAAUUUACAUCAAAAUGGAUUCUCAAAAACUUCUAGUUACCCACAUGCGUUACUCCGGCUGGCCAGACGAAGGUGUGCCCGCCAAUGUUGGAAGUGUACUAAACUUCCAUCACCAUGUUAAGUCUGUUCUCCAAGCGAAAAGAAGCAAAAAUUUACCCAACAUUGUUGUCCAAUGCCACUGUGAAUCCACGGCUAGCAGUCGAACUCGGUCACUGCAGCACGCAGCAGUACCAGACAUCUUAACCACUACACUAUCAUCUAUUGCCAGUAUCAUCUAUUGUAACAGAACAGGUGUGGGCGCCUCGGCUAUUUUCAUCGGUCUGGACUACUUGAUUGAGCAAUGCGAAGAUAAGAAAGUAGUUGAUUUGCCACAAUGUUUGAGGUAUCUAAGAUCGCACAGAAAUCACAUGAUACGGACUGAGAAAGAAUAUGACUUCCUAUACAGAGCCAUGAUAGCCUACAGCAACCUCGGACAUACAACAUGUUUCUCCCUUAUGGAUGAUUCUUUCGCCAAAUUUUUGAACGACGAAUUGUUCGAUAAAAGCUUGGAGAAACAACUCAAAUGCUUCAACAAAGUGAACGCAUUCUUAACUGGCAAAAUAAGUAAAAGCAUCAAAGGCGAGCUCUUCUAUAAAGACGUCUUAGGCGAUGAUGGCUCCGUUAUUGUAGUUGUGAAUUCGAAACCAGCCAACAAGAGCGCGCUGAAAUUGUUAAUUCCAGAACCUGGUAGGAAGAUGACGUUCCGGGAUAUCGUCUUGGAAAACAGUGAAGACGCCAGCCACGUUUAUCAGACGGCCAGUAGCCUCAGGACCACCUUAUUGACCCUAACAAAGAAUGAAGACAGAAUAAAUUAUGAUAAUGACGCUGACGACGAAAUAAAUCGUGAUAAUAAGGAAGCAGGUGGCGAUGUUUACGAUAAACUAUCUAACUAUGGCCGGCGAGUUAAAGUGCAUUUUUUGACAUCUACCGAUGAAAUUCAAUCUCUUUACAAGAUGCUGAAAGAAGAUGUUAAAAAUUUCAAAUUGCCAGCAAUUCCUUUGCUCUUCAGAAACUCUGAAGAUUUGGAAGUGAAUGUGGUCCUGGUGAUGUUGAGCCUGUUGGAGAUGCUGGAUUCCUGCAAGCAUGUGGAUAUAUACCAGACGGUUCUUCAAUUACAAUCACGCUACAACAACAACAACAACAACAACAACAUCAACGACAUCAACAUCUACAACAUCGUUCCAGAGACAACAGACAAUAAUGACGAUGUCUUCAUAACUAUAAAUCAGUACAAACUCAUUCACAAUAUUGUUAAAAAGAUUGUUAUUGACAAUGACGGAUCCAGACAACUUUGA